GUGAUGAUAAUGUUGGCGGUGUCAGUCGGAUUGUAUCUCAUCUCGAUGCCACUGUUCACCUAUUGGGCGAGAUGUAUUGAAAUCGCCAACAGUACUCAUGGCUUCGAUUCUAAGAAUGUAACAGCGGCCUGCGCACAAACACUUGGAAGUGAUUUUCCGUUGCAGGACAUUGUUGAGAAAGAUAUCGCUUCUACAAAAAUCUACCUUCAGGUCGUGAACACUGUCCCUAGUCUCGUUACCGCUCCUCUGGUUGGUACGUGGUCUGAUAAGCGAGGACGAAAAAAUCCUCUCCUUUUUUCAAUAUUUGGGUUUUGCGUCUAUUCAACGAUUCAGUUGCUUGCGACUCUAACUUAUACUUAUAUUAAUAUUUACUAUUUCUUUUUCGUCAGUGAGUUACUUCUCGGUCUUACAGGAGGUGUUGGUUCCUUAUUCAGUACGACUUUGGCUAUCGUGACCGACGAUUGCAGAAAUAAAUUAAAGCCGGGUUCGUCAACCGUUCCCCUUCGAAUCGGCAUCGCUUCUUUUCUACAAUCAGUCGGCGCUCUUCUAGGGACUCUGACCAUGUCUUUCCUUGCUGUACCAGCCCUCUAUCCUAGCUAUGCGCAUCAGCUCAGCUAUGUGCAAGCGGCCUCACUGCAAACGAUAUGUGCAUUACUCGCAUUCGGCUAUGCCUUUUUUGUGGUGCGAGAAACUCAUUUUCCACUCGACGAGAGUUAUUUGUUCCACAGAAUUGAUGGUAAAACAAUAAUUCAGGUUCUAACACUACGGCGACCAGGAUGGACCAGAUGCUGCCUCGUCGCGUCAUUGGUUUUCGUUAUGGUAGAAUUUCUAGCUUUAGAUACUUCCUUAUUGUUUUUGCUCGUCAAACGACAUCCUUUUUCCUGGAGCGACAAGUUGUUCACCUAUUAUUCCUUGGCCAAAGGAAUUCUCUAUUCAUUAGGAAUGGUCCUAUGCCCUCUGCUAUUGACGUUAGUGCAUUGGUUGGGAAAAGACAGUCUGAUGAUUCUGAUCGGAAUAACAGCGUCGGCCAUCACAUUUAUUCUUGUAUCGUAUGCCGAAUCCACAGCAGCAAUCUUCUUAACCGCCGGCCUCACAGUACUCUGUGGAGGCAUCGCUCCUGGGUAUCGCUCAUUUCUUCCUCGAAUGGUUCCUAAAGAACAAACCGCAAGGCUGCUUACAAUAUGUUCAAUUAUCAUGGCAUUCUGUCCAAUGAUGUCGACCGCUAUAUUCAACUCUAUUUUCUACAUGACUCUGGAUUGGUGGCCAGGUUUUGCGUUCUUCGUGGGUGGAAUACUGCAGCUGCUUGUGGUUGGCGGACAAGGAGCCGUUCAUAUACUGAUGCGACCUCAAUGGAUGGCAGAAAAAAAACUGAAGGCUCAGAUUAAUGCUCUUUCGCUAACAGUUGGAGUUGAUAACACAGACAGCUACGGUUUGGUCUCAGUAUUUUUUCUUAAGACAUUUAGCUUCGAUGGAAAUUUCGGAAGCGUUGAGUAG